UCAGCCAGUCGCACUAUGGAGAUGUGAAAAAUUAAAAAUUAUAUUAUUCACCAUAGUUAAGACAUUAGUGAGAUACUACUUCACCGUACUAUAAAUCAUGUACAGAUUGGCUAGUAGACGUAAACGUGACCUAUUUCGAGGUUUACAAAAACAACUAAGUCGAACCAUAAUUAUUAAUGCCGAUUUAAAACAAAAAUUAUCUCAAUCUCCUGAACUUCCUGUAGUAGUUAUUGGUGGAGGACAUGCGGGAUGUGAAGCAGCUACUGGAUCUGCAAGAUCAGGUACUAUGACAACUUUAAUUACUCCUCAUAUAGAUAAAAUAGGUACUGCUUCAUGUAAUCCAUCAAUGGGAGGUGUAGGUAAGGGAACUUUACUUCGAGAAGUUGAUGCCUUAGAUGGAGUUGCUGCAAGAAUAACUGAUAAAGCUGGUAUACAUUUUAAAAUUUUAAAUGCUUCAAAAGGUCCUGCAGUUCAUGGUCCAAGAGCUCAAAUUGAUAGACUGAUUUAUUUAAAAGAAAUGCAAAAUGAAAUCCUUAAUUAUCCUAAUUUAAAUGUUAUGGAAGCAAAAGUUGAUGAUAUUAUUAUUGAACCUAAUGAAAUUCAAGGUAAAGAUUCUACUGGUAGAAAAUAUGGUAUUGUAAGAGGAUUACUUUUAAGUGAUGGAAGAAUAUUUAAUUGUUCUAAAAUUGUUGUUACAACUGGUACAUUUUUAGGAGGAGAAAUUCAUAUAGGUUUAACUGCUUAUCCUGCUGGACGUAUUGGAGAAGAAGCAACUUUUGGAUUAUCAGAUACUUUUAGAGAUGCUGGUUUUAGAUUAGGACGUCUUAAAACAGGUACUCCAUGUCGUCUUUCAUCAAAAACUAUUGAUUAUACCCAUUUGAUUCCUCAACCAUCUGAUUUCCCUCCUCAACCAAUGUCAUAUAUGAAUGAAAAAGUUGAAUUACAAGAUCAUUUACUUACAUGUCACCAAACUCAUACAACUCCAGAAUUUCAUAAGAUAAUAGCAGAGAAUUUGGAUAAAUCUAUUCAUAUAAGAGAAACUGUUAAAGGUCCUCGGUAUUGUCCUUCGAUAGAAUCAAAAAUUAUAAAGUUCCCUAAUAAGGAUUUACAUACCGUAUGGUUAGAACCAGAAGGUUUAGAUACAGAUUUAGUAUAUCCAAAUGGUAUUUCAUGUACAAUGCCAGCCGAUAUUCAAGAAAGAAUAGUUCGAUUUAUGCCUGGUUGUGAAAAUGUAAAGAUGGUUCAACCAGGUUAUGGUGUUGAAUAUGAUUAUGUAGAUCCAAGAGAAUUAAGAAAUACUCUUGAAACUAAAUUAGUGGAUGGUCUUUAUUUAGCUGGUCAAAUUAAUGGUACUACUGGUUAUGAAGAAGCAGCAUCCCAAGGUUGUUUAGCUGGUAUCAAUGCCGGAUUAUCUUAUUUGAAUAAACCUGCAUUAGAAAUUAGUAGAGCUGAUGGUUAUAUUGGAGUUCUUGUAGAUGAUUUAAUUACGAAAGGUGUAGAGGAACCAUAUAGAAUGUUCACUUCUCGUUCAGAAUUUAGAGUUUCAAUAAGAUCAGAUAAUGCUGAUACGAGACUUACAGAAAAGGGAUAUGCUGCAGGAGUAGUUGGUGAAGAAAGAUAUAAGAAAUAUUCUCAAGAGAUGAAACAAUUUAAUCAAAUUAAACAACAUUUAAAUGAAUUAGUACUUUCAGGAGCGGUUUGGGCUCCGGCAUUGAAAGGUUUACCUCUGGAUCUUAGUAAAGAUACUCUGGUAAGUGGAUGGAAACUCCUUUCUUAUAGAGAUAUGCUGAUAAGUGAUUUAAUACCUCAUAUGAAUAAAUUUAUUCGAGAUGGAAAUGUACCUCAAUUCUAUGAGAAUAUUACCCCAAGAUUAAGAAAUAAAAUUGAUGUAGAAAGUGAUUAUGCACCUUGGUUAUCUAAGGAAAAGUAUCAUCUUAGUGCUUAUAAUGCUGAUGAAAAUUUAUUACUUCCAUUAAAUCAUACAUAUACUUAUGAAGGUAAUAUGAAAAUAUCUCAUGAAGUAUGUACAUUAUUAAAUACUAUUCAACCUAAAACAAUUGGUCAAGCUAGACGUAUUCAAGGGGUAACUCCUGCAGCCAUAUUUGAAUUAUUCAAAUUAGCUAAGGGUAAUCAAGCAGCAUUCAGUGAACAAAGAAAUCAACAAGCUGCUUAAUCUUAAGUAUAUAUUCUAUAAAAUUAACUUGUAUAUAAAAUGUUUAUUAAUUAUAAUAACAGGGGU